AUGGUUUCUUCAAACAUAAAACUUCUUUAUCAUCCAGAAUACUAUCAUGGUAAUGGUAUUGAAGAAAAAUUUUUCGAGGGUUGGUAUUUUAAAACAGUAUCAAAAGACAAUAAUGAAGCAUUUAUCGUAAUACCGGGAAUUUAUCGUGCACCUUCGAUCACAAACGACAAUGAAUCCCACGCUUUUGUAAUGGUUCUUCUUUCUGGAUUUGAUUGUCUAUAUUAUCGAUAUGAAGUUAACGAAUUUGAAGCGAGUUCUAGUUCUGAUAUGGAAUUUUAUGUAAAGAUCGGUGAUAAUAAAUUUCAAAAAAGUGGCAUAACACUUAAUCUCCCUUCUUCACGACUAAUAAAGCCUACUGAUAAGGAAUAUGAAGAAUAUUCAGAUUUAUUAGUUAACGAUUGGGCUAAUAUAAUCAAUUUUAAGUCAUCAGAUCAAUCAAAUGCCGAAUCGCAACUAUUCACUUCUCCUACAUUGAAACAAGAUCUUUUGAAAAACGUCGUUCGUCAUAAAUUUAUUUCAUAUUCUGUACAAGGACAAGUUUCUUUCGAUAAAAUGGUAUUAUUUCCCGCCACAUAUACAUAUCCAAGUGUUAUGGGACCCUUUGCCUUCAUUCCUUCUUUAGAAUGUAAUCAUGGAAUUUUAAGUAUGAAUCAUAGAUCUCAAGGUAAUAUAGAGUUUACGAAUGAAGAGAAUAAAGAUGAUUUCAAAAAAAUUAUUUUUGAGAAUGGGUGCGGAUAUAUAGAGAAAGAUUGGGGUACUGAUUUUCCUCAGUCUUAUAUUUGGGGACAGACUAAUAAUUUCAUGAAUGAGGAUGGGUCUUCAAUAUUUUUUUCUGUAGCAGAUAUACCACUUAUAUCAUCAGAUAGUCUAUUUAGCAAGAUUCCUUUUCUUAAAAAUUCAUUACCACUACGUUUUCCUGGACGACUAAUCAUCUUUUACCAUGGGAGUACGAAUACUACAUAUAAUUUCAGUACUUAUACAUUAUCUUUUGUUCGUGAAUUGAAUGUAGAAAUGGAUAAUUCUGCCACGCAACAUAUAAAUAUAUACAUUUCAAAUAUACAAGGAUAUCAUCUUAAAAUCAGUAUAAAACGUAGAGCUGGUAGAGGAAUUCCCUUACGUGCACCCGUAAAACAAUUCGAAAAGAUGCUUUUAAGAGUUGAGGAAAGUUUGGACGCUGAAAUGUCUGUAAAAUUAUGGCAUACGCAACGAAAUCAUGAAAUUGAAAAUGUUAUUUUUCAUGAUAGAUCUGUAAAUGUGGGACUGGAGGUCGUUGGUGAUGUCAUGUGGAUUGCUGAAAAAUAUCAAAAAGUGAUCCAAUCAAAUUAG